AUGAAAAUACACGAGUUGCCUCCCGAAAUCAUCAUCAGUAUUUCUAGUUACGUGUGUCACCCGUUUUCACUCUCACAAAGCGUAUUGACCUUCCGACACGUUUGCAAAGCCUGGUAUGCACUCACCGAUGGUGAGGAUAUUUCAUUUUGGAGAGAAUUAAUUCAAGUACAAUUGCAAGAGAAUGAAUUACAUAGUUGGCUACACGAUUUACUGUAUCGGACUCGAAGAGAGAACACUUUUAAAUGCAUCCAUGAAGAGGUUGAUGAUUACAAUAUGGAUGAAGGAGAUACCCGAGGAUUUGUUGGAGUAGUCAAUGGAUGGAUUGAUUUAUUUGCGAGCGAUGAUAAUUAUGCCAAUAACAAGUUAUUGAGAUUUUUACUCUUCAUCGCUCUCGGAGGUGAUACUUUGCAAUAUUUUGGAAGAAAGAGAGUGGCUCCAUCGAUACAACAUUAUUUUCUGAGAAUGUUUCAGCCCAUGUUAGAGGAAAUGCGUUCGAUGCAGCAACAUGCUGAGACAAAGGACAUUAUUGAAAAACCUUUAUUGAAUAUGAAUAUGAUCGAGUUCUUGCAAGACCACUCUCUCACGGAUUAUUCUGUGUGCUAUCACUGGAUACAAAUGGAUGAUUUCAAAAGCAUAAUUCCUCGACAAUAUUUUAUUAUGGCUUUGGAAUAUUUUUCCGCAAAGAAAAUUGUCACUCUGUCAAGUCAUACUUGGGAUGAGUAUGCAAAACAAGAGUCAACCUAUCCAUCGAAUCAACCAGUGAAUGCUGCUCUUUGGAUCAUGCAACAUCUCAAUGAGGUGGGAAUUCCUGUUUGUCAUAUGCUGUUCUAUGAUGGCUUUCACAAUAGAAAUUUUAAUAGAGCAGAAAGCAAUCUUAUCCCCAGAGUUUCAAAUUGUUUCACACUUCAAUUUCUGGCUUUGUGGGCAAACAAUUUGGAUGUAGUGAAAUGGUGUCUCGAACAUCGGUCACUUCAAUUGACCAAUCCUAUUGAUUCAUUAUUAGUUUCUCAACAAAGUUCUGACCAUUCACAAGUCAACAUUGAAUGGAAUGCUGACACACAAAAUCAAUAUUAUGAAAGAGAGGAACAGAAGCAGCUCAGUCAUAUUGUCUCAGCUUAUUCCAUGUCAUCAAUAGUAGAUGCACUUGGAUUAACCAUUUUACACUAUGCAGUGAGAAUGAAACAAUUGGAAACUGUAAAAUGCUUGCUGAAUGAUUUCAAGGCUAACCCUUUCAUUCGAUCAACGAAUAUCUUUAACAUUUCACCUCUAUAUUUAUCCCAUCUGAUGGUCAAACGUCAUGCAAACGACACUGUAUACCAAGAAAUAUUUGCAUUAUUUGAACAAACGUUUGGAUCUCAAUUCGUUCAGGCACAUUUACAAACGGUUAACAAUGAAUGUGGAGAUUGUACUGAACAAUUGAUUAAUCUUGACGAGGUAGAACAAGAGGAUAAGGAAAAACUUGAUUUCGAAAAAGGGCCCAAUACCGUGCCAAUUCACAUGAAGCACUCGACUGUCUUCCGUGAGCCAUAUGACACCAUACGUAGCAAUAUCUUCAAUGAAGAGAGUGAUGAAUGUGAAGAGGAAGAAUUUCUCUCCGAAGAAUACUUACAAGAAGUUGUCAGAAAUGCCAACGACCUGCCAAAGAGUGGUGAUCCAUAUUUUGAUGAACAAUUUGCGGAAGAACAUGCUUACCUAAAUCUCGAGAAUGCUCUCUCAUUGACAGAGUCAAUAGAAACCAAAGAACAUUUGUACAGCAUGACCUAUCAUCACAAAAUUACGCUCCGAAAUAGAACAAGUUUGAACGAGGAGUAUGAAAAUAAGAAACGAAAAUUAUCAGAAUUCCACAAUGAAACUCAAAAUAACCUUGAGACAGGCAAGAACCAAUUCAAGAAACGAAAAAUUCAACCGUUCAAGUCAAGACGAGAUAUGGUAAAUCCUAAACUUCUUUUUAAGAGAGUAGUGAAUGACAUUACUAAUGAUUACAAAUCUGAUGCAUAUUAUACUCCUGGAGCAUUAUCUCUACUACAACAAGUUUCAGAGAAUACUGUGGUUGAGCUUUCCAAACUUGCCUGUGAAAUUUCCAAUUUCUUUAUGUUGAACACCAAUGAUGUUAUUACAGAAAACGAGUUUAAGUGUGGACAUAUAUUGUAUUUUGGUGGAAAACCAUUAAGCAACAUCAAGCUCCAAUUAUCGGAUUUACAGGAGCAUUUAAUAGCUCUGAAAUUUAUUUGUGACAACACCACAGCAAUGAAUGAACUACUCAAACGAAUGCAUGGUGAGCUGGAAUUUCUAUCAUUUUGUGACGAGGAUUGUGACUAUUAUAUGGAAGAGGAUCAUGCAGAGAACGAAGAGAACAUCUCCAUUGAACAAUGCAGCGAUUGCAGAUCUGACAGCGACAGUGAGUGUUCUGAUAUUAGUGAUGUUGGAUUUGAAAUUUGGGACGACGGAUCGUAUUUAACAUUCUACCAUUCCACUCCUCUUCAUGAAAUGCUUUCCAAUGAAAAAUUAACUCAACAAACUUUGAGUGAUGGAACAGAGUUGUUUUUAGAAUCCAUUGACCAAUACGACAGUGAUGAUGACGAAGAUUCAAGUUACGGAUAUUUGAUUUAUACUUUUGACAAGUUUCUCAUGAAAACAGCCAUGUUAUCAGAAUUUGAUACCACCUUUCGUUGCAUGAUUUCAAGUGAUUUAUUUUACGUGUAA